CCACUACUGGGCUUCCAUGGAGCCCUGUGUCCAUCUUGUCGUUUGCUGUUGGCUUGUUCAUGGCGUAUUAUUCGGGAUCCACACAUGGAUGGCUCGUAAUGACGCUGCACGAGAACUAUCUGUGGUUCUCAAACAUCAAGGAGGUGGAGAGAGAGAUAUCAUUCCGUACGGAAACAGGCCUGUAUUACUCCUACUACAAACAACUCGUCAAUGCGCCCACUAUUGCACAAGGUUUGUACGAGCUGGUCCAUGACAACAUCACAGAACACGGCAAGACUAUCAAUAUCCUGGAGCGUUUUAACAUCUACCAGGAGGUAGUGAUGGCGCUGAUGUACAGGAUCUUGUCCUUGCAGAAAACAGUAGAACCGGUGUUCUUCUACAUCCAUGCCGUGUUUGGUCUCCAUGCCGUACUGGUCAUGUCCUUAUAUGGGACCACCUGGCUGCUGUCUGGCUCCUGGUUGGCUGGAAUUCUAUCUGCAGCAUUUUAUAUUUUCAACAAAGCUGACACGACCCGGGUGGAGUUCACCAUAGCUCUGCGGGAGAGCUGGGCCUUUCCUUUCUGGUACCUGCAGAUGUUUCUCCUAACAGUGUUCUUUCAUCCAAACCUUCAUCGCAAUCUUAAGGUGGUGACCGUUGUGCUCCUGUGUAUCUGUACCUUCUGUUUCACCCUAACAUGGCAGUUUGCACAGUUUGCUCUGCUACUCCAGGCCAUGGCUCUGUUUGGAUGUGCAGUCCUGGAUGUCAUCCCAGCACAAAAGAUCAGACAGGUGUGGCUGAUCCAGGCAGGGAGUCUUCUGGCUGUCUGUGUCUGUCAGUUCUUUAACAAGAUGGUCCUCUGUUCCCUGGUGCUCAGCUUUAUCCCUUCUGCCAUGCUUGUCAUUGCAUUCAAGGAGCAGUUCUUGACCAGAAGAAGUCUCCCAUGGCAGCUUACUGGGCUUGUUCUGAAUGUCGUCCUGGUGAUGAUAUCAAUGCUGAUGUUCAACAAAUAUGUCAUUAAGACCAUCAUUGUAACAGAUGCAGACCAGCACAUAUUUCACUUUCUGAUGGGAAAGUUUGGUUUGAGCGGUGGCCAAAGAGACUUUGAUGCGCAGCUGUAUCUGUGUGAAACAGCGUUUGGGGUCCUUCCAUUAGACACUUUUGUCCGUCUCUCCAAGCACCUUGUGUUCCCCCUGUAUGCUGUCAUCCAGCUAUGUCUUCUACUGGUUUUGAUGCUGUCAGUUCUUCAAAACUGGAGUACUGAAGAUCCCGCCGCAUGCAAUGGCGUACAGAGUCCAUCUCUGUCUUCAGUUCCCCCUCUGCUAUCACAGCGGCCACAGCUAGCCUAUCAUGCCAUCUCUGCAGCCGUGUUUGGGUGUCUGGCUGUCUCUACCAUGAGGUUCAAGUAUCUGUGGACCCCACACAUGUGCGUGUUAGCUGCUGCCGGUGUGGCUGAUUUUGAGGCUUGGAAAAUCCUUCUGAAAAAGUUGCAUGUAGACCUAUCAGAGGGUAAGGCCUUGCCUUCUACUCUUGAAGAGCUGAAGCUGCUGAAGGAGUUUCACGACCCUGACACAGUUCAGCUCAUGGAGUGGAUCAAAAAGGAAACCCCAACUACUGCAGUCUUCACCGGCAGCAUGCAGCUGAUGGCAGGUGUUAAACUCUGCACGGAACGUCCCAUCACCAACCACCCUCACUAUGAGGACAGGGACCUGCGCAACAGGACCAAACAGUUGUACCAGAUCUAUGGUAGGAGACACCCUCAGGAGGUCCAUGCCAUUCUCAAGGCUCACGGCACCGGCUACAUCAUUGUAGAAAACAGCAUCUGUUAUGAGAGAGGUCACGGUGUGGGCUGUCGACUUCGAGAUCUUGUGGACAUGAGCAACAACCAUCUUACAAACACAGACUUACAAGAACUAUUUGCUAUUUGCAAGCAAGAGAAGUUGCUUAAGCUUUUUCUUUGUGGGUUGAUUGUAAUGUUACAGAAAAACUCUCUGCUAAAUAAAAAAAGAGAAAGAAUGAGUACACAUCUCUUGAGGGUUUCUUGUCCACAUCCUUUCACAAAAGGAGUCACUUCUUCAUAAACAGUCAAAAAAAUCUCCUAUUUUCUGUACACCAUGGUGGACAAGGAGUACUCACUAUGACAGGCAAAUAACAAAUAUUCCUUGCAAGUAAGCGACUAAUUCUGAAAUGUUACCGAUGUAAGUAAAUACAAGGCGCGUCUAAAAAACUACAUCUAAUGCUUUGGCACAUUGUCUCCAUUGUACACACUUUUUUUUUGCUUUGUUGUAAAGUAUAAAGCCUAGUUAUUAUGUAUCACAGUAUUCCAGUAUACUUAAAUAGCACCAUUUGAAGUCAUGCACACGAAUGCACAUCCUAUAUGAUCUCUCAGUGAGAUUCGAGACAAAUCUGAAUAGAAAAAUAUGUCUGUAUACAAAAUGAUCAUGCUUACUUUGCUGGAAAUGUUAGGAAAAGGACAAAUCACAUAAAAAUGUGAUAUUAAAAGCUAUUCUUACUCCCACUAUAUUUCUCUACUGAGUAAAAAACCUGACUGUUGGUAACAAGAUCUAAAAAUCUACGACAAUUAUCACAUAACAUAGCACCGUGUUUUUUUGGGGGGGUAGUGGUGAAACACAUUGUUACAUUAGCAUGAAAUACAAGCAUAAUUAUGUCCAGAAAUCAAAAAUCCUAUGUCAACAUCUUUUUUUUUUGACAGGAUAAAGAAUACAAUCACAUUUACAUAUCAAACACUGGAGUUUUGUCUAGUUUAUCCUUGGUUACUUCCCUCCUGUGAUGCUUUCUGCUUCUGAGCCGAAUGGCCGCCCGGUGUCCCCUCGUGGAGGUUGGUAACGCAUGCAGACCUGACA